UCCAAUUUUCAUAACUUAACCCUUUUCUUUUCAAAUCCCCCCAAUUUUCUCAGCACUCUCUCUCCGACUCCUUCUCUCACAUCGCUGCCACCUCAAUCAAUCUCUCCUUUUCCACCGCCUCAGGCGCUCUUUCUCCGUCACGACGUCGUUUGGUACUAUAGUCUGAGGUCAGCUCUCUUUCGCCUUCAUCUGAUUUUGUCUGAGCUAAUUUAUACUGUUUUGCUUGUUUAAUCGUUCGGAUAAUGUAUUCCAAAACACCAAUUUAAGAAAUUUUUAGAGUUAAUUUCAUAUGUGUUAAUUAUUAGUUCUUCAGCAUAUGUUGAUUUUGUGAGGUCUUAUGGUGCUGUGGUAUUGUCAUUUGAGACCAGACCAUGCUAAAGUUUCAAUCAAUUUCGCUGCUAUGGCCGUUUUAAAUAGUUGAAUUUGUCAUCUUUGAAAUGUGGAAUUGAAACUGAAUAGAAUAGCAUACGUUUGACCACAUGUGACCUAGCAAGCAGCAUUAUAUGAGCAAUAGUAAGCACUCCAUUAACGUUUCUAGAAUUCAAACCCUAAGAAACAGAGAAAUUUAUAACAGUUACUCUACUUAAUAACUCUUUAAGUAUAAGAAAGGCUUCUGGAAAGAAAGAAAACAAUAAGCCAGUCAAUAAACCACAAAAUUCUAAAGCAAAAACCUAAGACAAGUGUUAAAAUAACUCAAUAAUCUGCUCUAAUUCGAAACCCAUGUCUCUAUCAAUCGAGGAAACAAGUAAGCCUUAUUUUUUUUUCCUUAGUGAAAUGGGUUUCCUUAGCAAGACUUAAUUGAGCUGACUUUUUCUUUUCUCACUUACUAGUUACUACUGUUUUGGUAGUUUCUGUUUUGCAAUAUGUUUGCCCUUUCAAUGGUCGGGAUCGGGAGUUAUUUUGAUUCGUGUUAUCUUUUUGUUUGAUUAUCCAUUGCAAUAUGCUUUUGCGCUUUCAAUGGUUGGGAUUGGGAGUUGUUUUGAUUCAGCAAUACCCAUGGUUCUUUAAAGAGUCUGAGGGCACACACCACCAGCUCUAUUGUGAACAUAUCUAUUGACCACAACUUGAGAUUUUGGCAGUAUAAGGUAACUUGCAAACUGUAUAUCGAAGUAGGUUUUUGAAAAGGACCAAGUUCUAUUGAAUGCGGUCACUGCACUCACUGAUUGAGAAUUCAGUAAAUGCAUUUUCUAAGGUUUUAUUAACCCAUUCAUGGGCAAUCAAAUCGGGUUCCAUCACCGAUAUUUAUAUAGCUAACAAUAUCCUUAAUGGGUAUUCGAGAUUUCAAGAAUUUUGGUGUGCCCACAAACUGUUUGGCGGAAUGGCUUACAAAGACACUGUGUCUUGGAAUACAGUGAUCGCUGGUAAUGUAAACUGUGGGAAAUUUGAGAUUGCUUGGGAAGUUCUAAGAAACAUGAGAAGAUGUGGAUUUGAACUUGAUGGAUACACAUUUGGCAGCAUACUUAAAGGAGUCGCUUUUGCUCAUCGAUGGGAUACUGGGCAACAAUUACACUCAUUGCUACAUAAGAUGGGUUAUAUUGAUAAUGUUUAUUGUGGAAGUGCACUUUUGGAUAUGUAUGCAAAAUGUGAUAGAGUUGAGGAUGCAUUUCUGAUGUUUGAAGAAAUGCCGGAAAGAAACACCAUUUCGUGGAAUGCACUAAUUUCUGGGUAUGUUCAAGUGGGUGAUCGAGGAACUGCAUUUGCUCUUUUUAAAUGUAUGGAGGAGGAAGGUGUAAAGCUUGAUGAUGGUACAGUCUCUCCACUUUUGACACUGCUUAAUGGUGUUGAGUUUUACAAGUCCACUAUGCAGAUCCAUGGAAAAAUUAUAAAGCAUGGUCUGGCAUUUAAUAAUAAGGUGUGCAAUGCCAUAAUCUGUUCAUACUCUGAUUGUGGGUCUAUAGGAGAUGCUAAAAAAGUGUUUGAUGGUUCUUUUGAAACCAGAGAUGUGGUCACAUGGAAUUCCAUGAUAGGAGCUUCUCUAGUACACAACAAAGAGGAUUAUGCAUUCAAACUCUUUAUAGAUAUGCAGUGGUUUGGAUUUGAACCAGACAUGUAUAGUUAUACUAGCAUUAUAAGUGCUUGUUUUGAAGAAGCACAAAAGAACUAUGGAAAAUCUCUCCAUGGUUUAAUUAUAAAAAGGGGACUCGAACAAUCAGUUCCAGUCAAUAAUGCUUUGAUAGCCAUGUAUCUCAAGUCAAACAACAGAUCCAUGGUGGAAGCACUGAAUAUAUUUGGAUCCAUGAAGUUGAAAGAUCGUGUUUCAUGGAAUUCAAUUCUAACUGGAUUAUCACAAAUUGGGUUAAGUGAAGAUGCCUUAAAAUUAUUUGCACAUAUGAGAAAUUCAGUUAUAGAAAUCGAUCACUACACGUUCUCAGCUGUCCUCAGGUCUUGCUCAGAUUUAGCAGUCCUCCAAUUAGGUCAACAGGUUCAUGUAUUGGCACUUAAAUCAGGCCUCGAGUCAAAUGAAUUUGUCACCAGUUCUCUGAUUUUCAUGUAUGCCAAGUGUGGAAUCAUCGAAGACGCAAGGAAAUCGUUUGAAAACAACCCCAAAGACAGUUCAAUCACUUGGAAUUCAAUCAUUUUCGCAUAUGCUCAACAUGGGCAGGGCUCCAUUGCCCUGAACCUCUUUGCUGAAAUGAAGAAGAAAGAAGUCAAAGCAGAUCACAUAACUUUUGUUGCAGUUUUAACUGCUUGCAGUCAUAUUGGUUUGGUUGAAGAAGGCUGCAAGCUUUUAAAAUUAAUGGAAUCCGAUUAUGGAGUACCUCUUCGAAUGGAGCAUUAUGCUUGCGCUGUCGAUAUGUAUGGACGAGCUGGGCAUCUAGACAGGGCGAAAUCCUUGGUUGAAUCAAUGCCAUUUGAGCCUGAUGCAAUGUUGUGGAAGACUUUCUUAGGUGCCUGUAGGGCUUGUGGAAACAUUGAACUAGCUAGUCAGGUUGCUAGCCAUCUUCUUGAAGUGGAGCCUGAAGAGCACUGUACUUAUAUACUCCUCUCUGAUAUGUAUGGGUAUCUGAGUCGUUGGGAUGAAAGAGCUUGUGUAAAGAGGUUAAUGAGGGAAAGGGGUGUGAAAAAAGUCCCUGGUUGGAGUUGGAUAGAGAUUAAUAAUGAAGUGCAUUCUUUCAAAGCUGAAGAUCGUUUACACCCUUAUUCUGAUCAGAUAUAUUUUGUACUUGAAGUUUUAAUGUAUGAAUUCAGAACCGUAGAUGUUCUUGAUGAUUUUGAAGUUUUGGAUGACAAUUUGGAGGAUUUGGGUGUCUUUUCUGAUCCUAUUGCAGUUGCCUUCUGAAACUUCUUUUUUUGUCUUCCCCAAAUGUACUAAUUCUUUCAUAUUAACAUGAAAGUGGAAUAUAACUUGUUAAAUCCCAUCAAUAAUGCGGAGUGGUCGGGGAAGAAUCUGAUCUCUGUUUACGUGACAGAAAAUUUCUUUCUUGUUGAUAAGAAAUCCUUGAAGGUCGAGAAUGUGAUGGAUUUCAGUUGGUCUCCUACUGAUCCAAUUCUUGCCCUGUUUGUUCCUGAAUUGGGGGUGGGAGCUGGGAAUCAACCUGCUAGGGUGAGCCCUUUAUCAAAUCCCAAGUAAAGAAGAACUUAGACAAAAGAAUUUGUUCAGUGUCAGCGAUUGCAAAAUUUACUGGCAAUCCAAUGGGGAUUACCUCGUAGUCAAGGUUGAUCGGUAUGCAAAAACUAAGAAAUCGACAUACACAGGCUUUGAGCUGUUGAGCGUGAUUGAGGUGUUGGAGCCAAAGGGUCAGAGGUUUGCUAUUAUCCAUGGCGAUAACCCUAGACCUGAUGUAAACAUUUACUUGAUGCGGAGUGGUAAUAACACAGGCCGUGUUUCCAACUUAUCACUCUAAAGGCAAGCAAUCAAAUGCUCUAUUUUGGUCGCCCACUGGUCAGUUCAUCAUUCUAGCAGGAUUGAAAGGAUUGAAUUGGGCAGUUGGAAUUUUACAAUGUGGAUGAGUUAGAAACCAUGGCAACUGAUGAACAUUUCAAGGCAACAGACAAGGAAUGGGAUCCUACAGGAAGGCGUGCUGCAACUGCUGUGACUUCAGUUCAUGAGAUGGAGAAUGGAUUUAACAUUUGGUCCUUCAAUGGGAAGCUGCUUUACCGGAUAUUCCCCAAUAUGCAUUUGCUUUCAGUUGAGAAACAGAAAUGCAUAAACUAGAUGGGGUGCUUGCCAUUCCAAUCUCCACUAUUUUUUAACACUUUCCUCCACUGAGUGAGAUUCUAUUUUAUAUUUGCUACAGUUUUUGUGGUGGCCAAGGCCUCCACCUUUCUUGAGCCCCGAGAAAGAAGAGAUUGUGAAGAACUUGGAGGCUGAGAACCAGGACGUGUCAAUGCUAUUGAUCGAGCAGGAUCGGGAGAAGAGUACGAAGCCAAAGAAGUUGAAGUCGAGGAGUUGUUGGAAACCACUGAGGAGAUUCUUCCAUUCGAAUAUGAUCACGAGUGAAGUAGUGAAAAAUAUAAAAACCAGUAGUGAAAGAAAAUGGAUUUGUCCAGAUAGCAGACACCUUUCUUUUUGUCUAGGAAUUAUGGACCAGGUUGUGUUUUUGUUUUCUUUGUAAGGAGUCAAAACAACUUCAUUCUUGAUAUAUUUUUGUUCCAACUUAUUUUUGAUUUAAUAGACUUAGAAUUUUGCUAAGCUAUGCACAGAACAUGGCUUACUUA